UUGAAGGGACACCAAAUGAGAACAGAGGAUCCUUGUCCAUAAUAAUCAAUGAAUAAUAUCAGAGAAGCACGUAAGAAUAAACAGAAAAAAUAUAUAUGAAACAUUAACACAUAUAAUAAUAUGUUAUUCUCACAGAUUAAUCCAUAAAAACAAGAAAUAUAUAUGAAUAUUAUCCACGCCAAAAACCGAUUGGAAACAACUAAACUAUGUAUCCAACAAUGCAUGAAAUAAGACAAACGAAUAAUAUAUUGGCAUUAAUAUAUGCCUUUAAAACACAUCAAAUAUAGAACCAUAUAUAUAUAUAUAUAUAUAUGGAGGUCUCAAUAUUUCAAAAUUUUCGAGCUACAUAGAAGGCUAGCUAGCUAGAUAGGAAAUAGCUAGUUUAAUUUGAUGGAGGAGGGGAAAAGAAAGGAAUAGUUGGAAAUGUUGACGGAAUAUUGGUGGGAAUGGAAGGGAUUGAAGUUGGAAUAGCAGGCAAUGGCGGAAGAGUCACCUUGGGAGCUGUGGGAAGAGAAGGCAAGCUUGGAAUAUUAUUCUUUGGUAGAGAUGGCAAUGGUGGCAAUGUUGUUGUGGGCUUUGGCAGGGUUGGUGCAGUUGGGAGGCUUGGAAAUGUUGUCGCUGGUAGCGGUGGCAAUGUGGUUUUAGGUAGUGUUGGCAACGGAGGCAAUGGAGGUAAGGCGGCCUUUGGCAGAGAUGGAAUUGUGGGAAUCGCCGCCGCCUUUGCUGGGGGAGGCUCAGCUGCUGGGGUUUCCAAAAGCUGACGAGCUGCCAUGCUCAUGUUGAUGCUUGACCAAGACAAUGCCAUCAUCAAAGACAAUAUCAAACACUGGUUGAAAUUAUUUGCCAUUGUUUCAAGUGGAGAGCGAAGAGAUUUGCUUUUAUCUAAUAUAUUUGGUGAACUCUGAUAUGUUUUUUUUUUUUUUGCUUUGAGUAUGUAGAAGAUUAAUUGGUAUUUAAAGACGUAAAAGGAGGAGGGCUUCUACGUGUUUGACGA